ACACAUCAAUGACAUCAUUUACAAGUGUUGUCGUGUGUUUUGUGUUUUGUUGUGUUUGGUUGGUGAGGUUUGAUAAAAAGGAUAUCUUUGGCCAGUUUAAAUACUCAAGCUUGCUUAUAUAUAUUAUCUUUUAACUUCAGAAUGCAUAAAAACAUUUAGGAGGCUUAGUAAAGCGACAGCAUCGUUAAUAUGGUAGCAGAAUAUGUAUUGGCAGAGACAACAGAAGAAAAUGUUUUGUGUUCCAUCCUUGGCUUACAAGAUGAUAUUGCAUGCAGACUUAGGAACUUAAGUGAAGAAAUGAGAAGGCACCGCGUUGAUAAGUAUUUUAUACUGUGUUUCAUAGAGCAACGGGACGAGUCUGAAAAUGUAGAAGACUUACGUGAUACAAAGACACUAAAGUGUGCUUUGCAAAAAAUGGGCUUUACGAAAUAUCGAUCAAAUGUUGUUGCCAAUUGGAUUGCUAAACAGCCUUUUCCUGAACACAUAUCCCUUUUGGCUUGGGCUAAAAUUUACAUAGAAGGAUUGUUCAAGUAUGAUAUACGGUUGAAUCAUAAAGUCCCCAAAUUUCCAUUCAGAGAAAGUGACCUGAAUAAAUGGUUCACAGUAAGUGUUGAUAAUGAAAGAGAUGAUGCUAGUUUUGUGCCUGUUCUUAACACCACAACCAAAGACGAGGCCGUAACUCAGAUAAAUGAUUUGACAUCACAGGUCAAGUCAAAGGAUCCAAAAGGACAACUCUUUUUCCAUGGUACAGACCAUGUAAGUGCCAAGAAUAUUCUGGAUGAUGGAAUCAAGUUAGGGUGUGGUAAAGUUCGUUGUGAUUUUUCUAAUGGAAAGGGAUUUUACUUGGUGAAUGACUUUGAGUAUGCUCUGAAUUGGGCACAAAAAGACAAGGCUGCAGCUGUAAUAUUGUUUAAAAUCACUCAUGAUCAUCUUAAUGGAGUACAAGGUCUUGAUUUAUCAGGUUCUGAACGUCACAAAGACUUAGAAGCUAUAAUCAAAUUCUUCAGGUCUGGUGAACAACAUAGAAAUAAACUUAGUGAAAAACUGAAACAUGAGGUCAAAAGUUGUGAUUACAUUGUUGGUCCAAUAAGCAGGGAUAAUGUGAAAGAUGUACAGCAGAUUUGCAUUAGAAAAGAAGAAAUGGCCGGUAGCAUUGGGGAUAUGUUGUUUAUAGAGGGUGUUGUAUUUUUAAAUGAUUUGGAAGAUAUCUGAUCUUUGAUUGCCAGACAUUGCUAGUUGUGAUAUUUUGGAUGUUGAGUUCUGAAGGCAUUGAUUGUAAUCAGAUUAUAUCAAAGAUAUAUUUUACAUGCACUCAAGAAAGGAAAAAAUUGACAUUUUUUUAGAGUUUAAGAUAGUACAUGAAGACAAUAGUACGAA